AUGGAGGCUCCCAGAGAGGCUGCCGUGGAUGCAGUCGAGAGCACGUCAACUGCUGCUGCUGCCACCGCUGCCCAAGAGCCUCAGCAGCAGCCGCGGAUUGUCGCGUCACAUCCCGCACCUCCUCAGCGAAACGCAAUGGCUACGCGCGAUCGAUUUAAUCACCAGUCGCUGGGCGCAUCUCUGAAUUCCUCAGUCAAGCAUGCGCGAGUGCUCAUGGUGGGCGCUGGAGGUAUCGGAUGCGAGCUUCUGAAAAAUCUAGUCCUCAACGGCUUCGGCGAAAUUCACAUCGUCGACCUCGAUACGAUCGAUCUAUCCAAUCUCAACCGACAAUUCCUCUUCCGACACGAGCAUAUUAAAAAAUCAAAGUCACUGGUUGCCAAAGAGGCGGCACAAAGGUUCAAUCCAAACGUCAAGAUUGUCGCGCAUCAUGCCAAUAUCAAAGACGCCGAGUUCAGCGUUCCAUGGUUUCGCGACUUCAAGAUCGUUUUCAAUGCCCUCGACAACCUCGACGCUAGGCGGCAUGUAAAUAAGAUGUGUUUGGCGGCAGAUGUCCCCCUAAUUGAGAGUGGAACGACUGGUUUCAAUGGCCAAGUCCAGGUCAUCAAAAAGGGUGUCACUGCUUGCUACGACUGCACUCCCAAGGAUGUCCCCAAGUCCUUUCCCGUUUGUACGAUUCGAAGCACACCGAGCCAGCCAAUCCAUUGCAUAGUUUGGGGCAAAAGCUAUCUACUCAAUGAAAUCUUUGGCGUCAGUGAGGAUGAAUCCGCUUUUGAUCACUCAGCGGAUGCGGAUAACGCCCAGGAAAUUGAAGAACUAAAGAAAGAGUCAGAGGCUCUCAAGAAAAUCCGAGGAGCAAUAGGGACAUCUGAAUUUCCAAGAUUGCUGUUCGACAAAGUCUUUAAUUCUGAUAUCGAGCGCCUGCGAUCUGUUGAAGACAUGUGGAAAUCACGUCGCGCCCCUGAAGCGCUCAAGUAUGAUGAAGUGAUGGCACGAGCCGGCCAGGCUCUCGAAACAAAAGAUGCCAUUCUCUCGGAUGGACAGAAAGUUUGGUCCCUUGAAGAAAGUCUUGUUGUCUUCAAUGACAGUCUUGAUCGGCUGAGCAAGCGACUGCUUCAAAUGAGGGCGACCAAGGAUCCAUCCGCUCCUGAGCCGACCAUCACCUUUGACAAAGACGACGACGAUACUCUGGACUUUGUAGCGUCCAGCGCAAACAUUCGCUCCACAGUUUUUGGCAUCGAUGUGAAAUCUCGUUUCGACAUCAAACAGAUGGCCGGCAAUAUCAUCCCCGCCAUUGCCACAACAAACGCCAUUGUUGCAGGUCUCUGUGUCUUGCAGUCUUUCAAAGUGCUCAAAGGCGAAUACGGCCAGGCUAAGGAAGUAUUCCUAACACCCUUUGCCAAUGCAAGACUGUUGGCUCCAGAUAAGAAUCGAGAACCAAACCCCAACUGCCCCGUCUGCGGAGUUUAUUACACCAGUGUCAUUGCCGAUUUGUCCCGGGCAACACUUGGGGACAUCGUCGAGGAGCUGGUAAAGGACCAGUUUGGUUAUGGAGACAAAGAGUUUGUCGUGAGCAACGACGUUGGCGUGUUGUAUGACCCAGACGAGACAGACAACCUCGGAAAGAAACUCACUGAGCUUGGCAUCAAGGGAGGUAGUUUUCUCACUGUCACCGAUGAGGAUGAUGAUGCCCCAUUCGUCAAUUUGGUAAUUGAUAUUCAAAAUGGCAUCCUGGAUAACCAAAGAGAGUCAUUCCGCACGGUACAUGCUGGCCGUCCUGAAAUCCCUCACAAGACCCAGAAGUCUUCUCCAGUCGAGACCAACGGUAAUGGCCACGGCCAGCAAAACGGAAAGCAUUCGUUAGAAGAUGAGAUGGUAGAGGAGUCUAAAGGCACCAAGAGGCCACUUCCCGACGAUGGCAGCCCACCUUUCAAAAAGGCGAAGCUUGUCGGCCCGGCCGAUGACGUGGUGGUUGUGGAAGACGCCGGUGGAGCCAUCGUCAUCGAUGAUUAA